GGGGCGGCGUUUCGGGAGGCUUUCGGCUGCUCCUCGCUCCCCCGCCGGAUGCUGCCUGAGCUGUUUUGGCUGUUUUUCUUCGCCGGCGAUGAAGGCUCUGCCUUGAAGAUGGACAUGAUCUGUAUUUUAUUCCUGUCUCUGGUGCCGGUGUACAGCAGGGGACAAGGGGUGUACGCUCCUGCUCAGGCCCAAAUCAUCCAUGCUGGGCAAGCAUGCGUGGUGAAGGAAGACAACAUCAGUGAACGCGUUUACACAAUUCGGGAGGGGGACACGCUGGUCCUGCAGUGCCUGGUCACAGGACACCCCCGGCCACAGGUGAGAUGGACCAAAACUGCUGGCAGCGCGUCGGACAAAUUCCAAGAGACGUCAGUGCUUAACGAGACCCUUCGGAUUGAGAAGAUCCAAAGGCUGCAGGGGGGCCGCUAUUACUGUAAAGCAGAAAAUGGGGUUGGGGUCCCUGCCAUCAAGUCCAUUCGAGUAGAUGUGCAGUAUCUGGAUGAGCCUGUUCUCACCGUUCACCAGACCAUCAGUGAUGUGCGGGGCAGCUUCUACCAGGAGAAGACCGUCUUCCUGCGCUGCACGGUCAACUCCAACCCGCCCGCUCGCUUCAUCUGGAAACGGGGAGCUGAGACACUUUCUCACAGUCAGGACAAUGGGGUGGACAUCUACGAGCCCCUUUACACGCAGGGUGAAACCAAAGUCCUGAAGCUGAAGAACCUUCGACCUCAGGAUUAUGCCAGCUACACGUGCCAGGUGUCUGUCCGCAAUGUCUGCAGUAUUCCUGACAAAUCCAUCACCUUCCAGCUCACAAACACCACAGCCCCACCUGCUCUGAAGCUGUCAGUCAAUGAGACGCUGGUGGUCAACCCUGGUGACAACAUCACCAUGCAGUGCUCUCUGACGGGUGGUGACCCACAGCCAGAAGUGCUUUGGUCCCACUCUCCUGGCCCCAUGCCUCCCAACAGCCUCGUGCAAGGAGGCAACCUCACCAUCUGGAGGAUCCGCGUGGAGGACUCGGGCUACUACAACUGCACGGCCAUCAACAACGUGGGCAACCCGGCAAAGAAGAUUGUGAACCUGCUGGUGCGGUCCAUGAAGAAUGCCACAUUCCAAAUCACGCCUGAUGUGAUCAAAGAGAGCGAGACCAUCCAGUUAGGCCAGGACUUGAAGCUCUCAUGCCAUGUAGAUGCUGUGCCCCAGGAGAAGGUUGUCUAUUCGUGGUACAAGAACGGAAAACCAGCCAGGUUCUCAGACCGGCUGCUCAUCACCCGCAACGACCCCGAGCUCCCACCCGUGACGUGCAGCUUGGAGAUUAUUGACCUGAGAUUCAGUGACUAUGGCACCUACCUGUGCGUGGCUACCUUCCAGGGAGCACCCAUUCCUGACCUCAGUGUGGAGGUGAACAUCUCCUCAGAGACAGUGCCACCAACAAUAAGUGUCCCCAAGGGUCAGUCUGCCGUCACUGUGCGGGAAGGCUCCAGGGCCGAGCUGCAGUGCGAGGUUCGAGGAAAGCCCAAGCCACCCAUCCUCUGGUCCCGGGUGGACAAGGAAACCCCCAUGCCUUCAGGGACAAUGACAAUGGAGACCUACGAUGGGAAGCUGCACCUGGAGAGCGUGAGCCGAGAAAUGAGCGGGACCUAUAAGUGUCAGACAGCCAGGUACAAUGGAUUUAACAUCAGACCCCGGGAAGCCCUGGUGCAGCUCAACGUGCAGUUCCCGCCCGUGGUGGAGCCAGCCUUCCAGGACGUGCGGCAGGGCAUGGGGCACGGCGUCACCCUGCGCUGCACCAUGCUCAAGGGCAGCCCCAUGAAGGUGGCCACCUCCGUCUGGCGCUUCAACGGGAGCCUCCUGGCGCAGCCCCUGGCAGAGCAGCAGGACUACUCGGAGCUCAGGGUGGACAGCGUCAGCCGGGAGACCAGCGGGAACUACGAGUGCAGCAUCUCCAAUGACGUGGGGGUCUCCACCUGCCUCUUCCAGGUGUCUGCAAAAGCUUAUAGCCCAGAGUUUUACUAUGACACUCCCAACCCCACCUUGAGCCAGAGGCAAUCCAAGAAUUACUCUUACGUCUUGCAGUGGACCCAGAAGGAGCCUGAUGCUGUGGAUCCCAUCCUCAAGUACCGCCUGGAAGUCCGUCAGCUGUCUCAGAGAAACACCAUCCAGACCUUCAUUCCUGUGAAGAAAAUGGAGAAAGGCCUGCUGCUGGAGCACAUCUUGCCCAACCUGAAAGUGCCUCAGAGCUAUGAAGUUCGCCUGACGCCCAUCACCAGCUUUGGGGCUGGAGACAUGGCCGCCCGCAUCAUCCGGUACAUGGAACCAAUCAACUAUCCCAAUCCUACAGAUAACACCUGCCGCUUUGAGGACGAGAAGAUCUGCGGCUUCGUGCAGGACAAGAUGGACAACUUUGACUGGACGCGGCAGAACGCGCUGACGCAGAACCCCAAGCGCACCGUCAACACGGGGCCCCCCACGGACAUCAGCGGCACGCCCGAGGGUUAUUACAUGUUCAUCGAGGCGUCCCGGCCCCGGGUGACAGGAGACAAAGCCCGGCUCAUCAGCCCCCUGUACAACAUCACUGCCAAGUAUUACUGCGUCUCCUUCUACUACCACAUGUACGGGAAGCACAUUGGCUCCCUGAACCUGCUGGUUCGCGUGCGGAACAAGCGAGCCAUCGACACCCAGGUCUGGUCCCUCAGUGGCAAUCGGGGCAACGUGUGGCAGCAAGCACAUGUGCCCAUCAACCCCCCUGGGCCCUUCCAGAUCAUCUUUGAAGGUGUCCGGGGCACCAGCUACGAGGGGGACAUUGCCAUCGAUGAUGUCACUCUGAAAAAGGGAGACUGCCCAAGGAAGCCAAUUGGACCGAAUAAGGCUGUUGCUCUUCCAGGAAGCGGUGUCCCAGCCCUGCACAGCCCUUGGCUUUGUGGCCCAUUGACUUUCUUCCUUUACGUGCUGCUCAGAUGAUGGCAAGCGAGCGCUCCUGUCUUCGGACCAAGACAUUCCUGCUCCUUUCCUACUCAGCCACCUCUGCUCCUUCCUCCCCUCCUCACUGGCACACCAAAGUGUCCAUAUGUUACCAAAGACUGACAGGCAUGACCAUGCAAAGGGAUCUGGUUCAGAAUUGGAGCACUCCUUGAGAAAGUCAUAAUGUCUAGAACAAAAUUUAAAAAUAAAGACAAAACUUUUUUUAAAAAGCACGUGCACGAGAGAGAGUGAGAGAGAGAGAGGAAGGAAAGAAACACACACGGAGAAAAGAAGGAACGAAACACAAAAAAAUGGGAAUGAAGAAAUGUGAAGAGCAAAUGAAAGAAGAAAAAAAACACACCCAUGUUUCCUUGGGAAUGUCGGACAGGGCUUCCUCAGGGAAGUGAGAACUUGUUUUAAACAAACAAACAAAAAUAUAUUAAAGCACAAAUUUCUACCAGAACAGUUACCUUCUUUGCUGCAGAGCCCACAGCUUGGUGGAUGAUAUCCUGCAGUACUCCCCUUGUCUCCUCAUGCUUUCCCACUGGCUGGGGCUGCCCCGCUCCGGCUGCAGCACCGGCCCCGUCUGUGGGGCAGCAGCCGCCCCGUGUGCCGGCAGCCGGAGCGCCUUUCCUCGCACCGCAUGUGCUUCAGUGUCUCCAUCCAUCCACAUCUCCCAGGCUCUCAUGUACUUAAUUGCCCCCAGUGUGGUUUGCUUUGGCCUUUCCCCACCGCUCUGUGCUUCUCCUCAUCCCCCAGCCUGAAGAAGAUGGAGCAAGGAAGGGACCGAUGGCAUGGACCACGCUGAGUGGGGAAGUCCUGUCUGGAUCCAGCUGAAACAGGGGCCUCCAAGAGCCUCUGUCUGUCUCUCAGCACUCUUGCUGGAUAGGGAUCAGGUCUGAGCUGCAGACAGAAAAUCUGGUCUCUCUGGGGCUGAGGGAUGGGAUGUGACAGGAUGGGACUGGAAGGGUGGAGCAGUUGCACAUUGGCUUCCCCCUGUGAAUAUUGGGAUGGCAACUGCCUCAGCCCCAAACCCACAAUUGCUUCUCUGCCUGUAUUUUGUUACCUAUUUAUUUUGGUUUUUAUUCCAUUACUUCCUCCACCUCAAGUUUUCUGGAUUAUGGGAAGAUUCAGGCAUUUAAAUGUUCUUUAGCCAGGCAGCAAGUCCUGUACUCAUGACCCAACCCCUGGGCUGGCAGUUCAGGCAGCUCCAAUGCUGCCCUCUCACCUCCCAAGGCCUUUUACAUGCACAGUGCAUUCACUGCAGGGUGGGCAAAAGGUGGCAACAGCAUCACUGCUCAGGGCUGAGGUUGCUGAAUUUUGUCAGCGCAAGAAACUGCUCCAAGAAGGAUUCAUGCAGGAAGUUGGCCCGAAAGAGAGGCUUGUGCUGAGCUGUGGUGCUGUUUGCCACUGAGGAACAAGGGAGCAGGGAUGGGGGAAAUUCACCUUUUUCUUGAUGGUAUCAUGAGUGGGUAAAGGUGGUAUUUCUCUUUGCUGCAGACCUGCAGCAGAUUUGGCCCAACAUCCUCAAGGUGGAGGCAAAUGAACCUCCAGGAGAAGGAUUUGCCCUGCACCAGCCAAACAGGAGCUGUGAUAGCCUUGUUGCAUCUGGUGGCAGCUCUGGGCAUGACUUACGUCCCUGCACAGGGCAGAGUUAGCCCCACAAGGCUGUGAACUAGCCCACGCUCACAAUUAAUUAAGUGUGACUCUUCCUCCUAAGGGAUACCCCAUCCAAAAUCCCUAUCUGGAGCACCACAGAUAAGAUAAAGAUAGCUGUUUCACUGCAGUACUCAUGGCACCUUAGCCAUUUCUGAUUAAAUAUCAGCUUCUCUAAGACAGCCAUGUUUGUCUGAAAUCACCUGAAUGUAUUAACUGCCUCCUGCAUUGCUCAGUGUCCAGCCAUGGCUGGGGCCUCAUUGCCUUCACUGAUGGAGGGGGAAAGCUCUUCCUUAACUCCCAGGAGAUCCAGCCACCAUCAGAGAGAGAAAGGACAUCAGCUCUGAGAGACAAGGAAACCUUCUUCGCAGGAGGCCUUGUAAGACAGUAGAGGGCAUGAUACAGGUCUCCCCAGCUCAUUCUGCUUUUCUCCAUUUCCAAGAAUUGGGACUGUGUCUUUUCUGUCUCCACUCCUCCCUCCCGAGCCCAGGCCUCAAUCACAGUGCACAUUUGACCAGGAAAGCCAUGGCUGUUGCCCAGGGCCAGACAGUGUCACGGGGUGCAGAGGGUGCCAACAGCAAUUCUGUGUCUUGCUGCCUGUUGCCAUUUUCAUGGGCAGCCAGGGCUGCCUUUUUAGGCUGAGGUUUUUCAGCCCUGUGCUCCUCUUUUCCUCUGUGCUUGUUGGAGGUCAGAAGUCAUCACCCCACUCCUGGUAGGAGUCCACUUUAACCCCCAGGAGAGAGACCGUGCUUUCCAGUGGCGCUUGGGUGCUUCACAAUGGCUCCUGAUCUGCCAGCAGCAAAACAUUUGUGUUGCAUUGCUGGUUGCAGGAGGAUUCUGCUGGGCAGAAGGUGGAGACAGGAGUGCUUCCCCAUUAGUAAGAGAUAGCCCAGGGCAACCAUCUCACCUCCAGAGCUCUGAGGCAGAGGCCUUGUGAGUUUGCUUCUACAGACUGCUCAGCCCAGCUUGCGCAAGCACCCAGGUUUUGCUGGUGUUUAGUGGGCAUCAGAGGUGCUGUGGGGCUAGGGAGGUGCAGCCUGAAGGUUCAGGAUGAUGGACAAAGCAUUACCUGUGAGGCAAGUGUCAGCAAAAGGGCACCACACAGGGGUGCCUGCAGGGAGGGAGUCCAUGCCCUGUUGCCAGCCCCUGUGAGGAAUGCUGUAAGUGCCUCACCACACCAAGCCAUGGCACAGGGGGCAAGAAGCCCUUUGGUGGCUGUAGGUGCCGGGCAGAGCAAGGAGGUUGUCCCAGCCAGAGAUGAAGCCUUCUCCUGCUGUCAGGUAUCCUUCAGCUUCAGUAAAAGUCUCAGGAAGCCCCUUCCCACUUUGACCUCUGCUCUUUUAUCUCUGGCUAGAAAGCAGCUGGCAGUGAGUUUGGGUUAAAGUCAUUAACACAAGUGCCCCUGCUUUUCAGAAGUACUGAGGACAACAGGAGAGACUUCAUUUCCCUGGCAGAUGUGCUGAGAGAUGGCAUGAGGGGAAAGAGGCACUUCAGCAGCAGGGAUGGGAAGAUGUGCAGUGAUAGGGUGGAGGGGAGGCAGGGUCCCUCUUCUUUGUGGUUUUCUACCCCAUGAUUGAGAGGCAAGUCUCCUUGUGGAGGUAAUGCAUCCCAGGUGAGAUGUAAAGCCAUGCUCCUUACCCCUUCCAAUUAAAGAUCCCUUCACAUUUUUCACACUGUUCUGGCUAAAUUACAGUCCUUAAACUUAAUUACUGUCUGUCUUCUUAAAUAUCUGCUGCAGUCCCAAUGUUAUGUUUCUCUUCCUGAUGUUUUAUGUUGCUCUGUGCCUAUGAAGUAGCUGCUUUAUUCCAUUCCAGAAGUGGCUGCAUUUCAACAACGGUGGAUAUUAUUCCUGUAUAUAGUAUGAAAGUCCCUGCAGAAGAAAAGUGCAAUAUAAAUUUAAGAGACUGCUUUUAUUUACAAGGAGACCUCUGCUUGGUAGUUGUAGAAAUACAUUAGGAAGAAUGCUGUGUGGGUGUUAGCCAAUAUAUACUCAAUUUCAUUUUUUUCAGGGUGUAGAACAGAAAAUAUGUGAGUGUGCAGGCUCCUGGGUAUAAGUUGUAGAUAUUAGAAGUAGUGAAUGCUACUGUGUAGUUACAAGUGGGGCUUACAAAGAAACUUUACAUUUGAAAUCUCUUUUUGUAGUUGUUCAUCGUAUUCUGAAAAAUAUACUUUUUAAUUUUAAUUUUCUACAGUUCCGUGCAAGUCCAAAUAGCAGGUCAUCAACAGAACUUUAAUCCAUGGCUUUUAACAAUCUGAACAUCAAUUCCUGCUGCUUGCCCUGAAAUGCAGUUCCUGGCUGGUAAUAAUAAUAGACUAUUUUUCUUCCACAAAGAUCAGCCACUGGAAAGUGAUGGACAUAAUAUGUUCCAUUUGAUCUGGAGUUAAGUGAUUAGGAGCACCUGAGUGCAAUUCUUCCCAGCUGUAUGAGAGUGAAAAAUUGUUUCAUGUAUAUGAAAAACUUUGCAUAGUGCACAAAUGGUUUGGGAACUGCUCGUGGGUCCCUUUCAGCUCAGCAAAUUCUGGGAUUCUGUGAUUGGCAGGCACACAGAGCUGCUCCAGCAGAGCUGCACAGUGUGCUGCCUGGAGAACGGCUGGAGCAACAGUGAUAGGGAGCCCUUCUUCUGGGAACUGGUUUUCUUCUGGAAAGAAAUAUGGGAGCAAUCAGGAAAAAAUUGCUGGGUGGGGGGGGGCUUCAGAUAUUUAGGCUGGUAAUUUUUUUGCAAAAAUAAUUUAGAGAUAUGAGAAUGAGUUUAGUAAACGUGAUACAAAUCGUAUUUUAUUCCCUAUUGCUAUCCAAAGUAUUGAAGUUUAAUUUCCAUCUAUACAAAAUCCUGUGGGUGCACUACUCCAGAAUUACAAAAACACUGCUUUACCACCAAAGGGAGAGCAGAGUCUGGAUUCCUCCUCCUCAGCCUGUCCCUAUCACUCUGUGCCAGGAAGGGCCCAGUUUUUGGGUUGGUGCUGGGUGCUGCUCAGCCUGGGGGGACAGUCAGUGGUGCUGGUGGAGAAGCAUCUCUACACCACUGCCCUGAGCCCUGUCUCCAGCAUGAAGGGGUCCCCUCAGGGCACUGUCAGGAGCAAGGCCUGCUCCCCAUUAGCUCUCAGCAAGGCUGAGGCAGGGAAUUUUAUCCAUGGGAAUUGCCAGGGGGUCCUCAUGCUGCCCCAGGCAGGGACAGGCAAAGGAGCCACGACAUUUUCCCUCCUCCAUAGAGUAAAUGGUGUCACCUCACCCCACUUGGAGACAAACCUUUUUGUUAAAGGAGAGAGCUCAGGAAGCUGCUGCUUCAGGAUGUUGCGGUUUUAGUCAGCUUUGUCUGUCAGCACCACGCAGAUAUCCAUUUGUCCCUGGAAAUGCUGCAACAUCCCUUUGCCUUCUGGGUGCCUUUGGGUGUCCUAGCAAUGGCACAGAGGAGCAUAUCUGUGGCAUGUCACUGGAGCAUGUCACAUGGGCUCUGUGCCUCGAGCUGGGCAUGGUGCCACUGCCCCUACUGAUGCCCAGCUCUUGCACCCAGGGAGAAGGACCCCACUUUUCAAUGAUGACAAGCAAUUGCACUGUGAGUAUUUCCUGUGCAAAGGAUAGGCUUCCUGGCAUUCCUGGCUUUGGGAAAGACCAUUCUUGGUCCUUUAAACUGCCCCAAUAUGUUGUCUUUUCCAGGCUGCCCUCAAUGGGGGUUCAUCCCUGUUCAUAAUGACAAGUGUGCAGCAGCAGGACCCUCUGCAGGCUGUUACCAUAAUCUGUAUUUGCUUUGGCCCAACUGAUAGCUGCUCAUCCUGAGACAACAGGCUUUUACAGAAGAAAAGUGCUGGAGAGCUCUGGAUAUUGCAUUUUAACCUGAUCAGAUGUAUACUCCAUGGUAAUACCUGGCAGCUGUUCGUUUCCAGCGGGGAGCUGAAUGGCCUUGGUACCUCCAGCAUCCCAAAUGAUGGCUGUGGUCCAUGGAUGUUUUAAUUUCUUCCCUUGGGAUUAAGGCACAUGUCAGUUUGGUGACCAUCUGCCACCACCCAGCACACCACAGGUGGUUUUGGGGUCUUCUGAUGGCUAUUUAUAGUUUGGUAUGGUCAUAUCAGACCACUUGUGUCCUGGAGGGUUUAAACACCCCAAGGAGCACUGUGGGACAGCCCAGGGCCCCUUUUGACCAACCCACCAUCCCAGAGAGGAGGAGGACGCAGCUUGCAGGCAGCUGUAGUCUGCAGGACAACCUCCUGGCCAUGGAAAAGCAGUGCCAUCCCACUCCACUUUGUCUGAGAUGUGUGCUUCACACCCCGACCCUGGGCUGUGAUUCAGGUGCAUGCUCAGUGGCUUUGCCAUCAAGGGUCCUUUCUCAAAAAGAGAGAGACCUCCAGAGACAGACAGCAAGUCAGCAGGACAUACUGUGUCCCUGUGCUGCGUGGCUGCAGGGAAUGGGGGCUGGGUCCAGAUCACCUAGAUCUGCUCUGGCACCCUCUGUUCGUGUCUGUAUACAAACUGCCAGCCUAACAUCCUGAGACCAGAUUUCCCAGUAAAAUGCACUAGUCCAGCUCCAGAUGCUCAGCACAUCUGUACAUGAAGAAGUCAGGCAAGCCACUGUCCUCCCAUGGGUGAUCCCUGAGGAAAGCUGCAAAGGGCUGGUCCCAGCUCGUGAGCACUGUCCUUCUCAUAGUGAGGGGUUUCCAGCAUGGGACAGAGAACAAAGGAAAAGGAAAGAUGCUGACUUUACUGUUGCAAAGGUAGAGCUGGGUGAUUAGAGAUUUUUGUAGAGAGCUGUGCAAGUCUGUGGUAAAUCCAGGUCUUGCUGGCAUUUGCUACAGCCUAUAAACAAUUUGCUCCUGUGGAAUGAGACAAUAUUUUGUGCUUCCAUUAACUGUUUUUCUAAAAGCAAACUGGGCUAUGAAUAUUUGACUUAGAGUAGGAUUUUUUUACCCCCAGGAUGGCCUAAACUCAGUAUAAGACAGGGCCAGCUGGACAGCUGUUAUACAGUGCCUGUCCCCAGGCAGUGCCAGUGCCCAAAGCCCAUAGUGAUGGAUGUGCCUUAUGCUGUAAUGGCUGGGCCCUUGCCUGAAGCUUGGAGCCAAGUGAAGGGUACCUGUCUGCUCUGCCAGCCAUGUGCAUCUGUCCUGUCUGCCAGCCAAGUCUGUGGGAAGAUGAAAGCCCCAUUGGUGGUGCUGCUGCUGUGAGCCAGUGGGGAUCAGCUUUGCCUGGGGGAGAUGGGCUCUGGUCCUGCUGUUCAGGCAGUGAAGUGGCUUCCAGUUGUGUAAAGCCCAGCUGUUACAAUUGAGAGAUGCUCCAGGAUCUUCAGAAGUUGCAUAACUACAGCAAGCCUCAAUUCAUCAGCAAAGGCAGGCUCUGGGUAUGGCUAGAACAUCCCAGAUGUCAGCAGUGCUGUGCUGCCACUGAGUGAGCUGCACCUCCUUUGUUCUCAGCAUUCCAGCAGCUCAAGGCUGAGCCCAAACCAGCCAAGAGCAAGUGCAACCCCCCUUCCUUCUCUGCAUUGCAGCCUCUGCAGGCAGGCACCCACAGGUUUUCUUUUGGUGGCCCUGACAAGCAAUGUGGUGCUGGGAUGAAGCUGUUUCCAGGUGCUGCUUGCACUUAGGUCUGGCACUGGUAAGGUGUUUAUCUUAGCAACUUGUAGAGGGAUCAAAGCCAAAAGCUGAGCUGUGGGUAUGUUGCAGCUGCCAGAAAUGCAGCAGGGAGGGGAUAGGACCCCUUUUACUGGUGGAGCACCUUUCCCUUUCCCACAGUCCAUGCUCCAGCUCAGAGUACGUUCAGAGCUGGGGCAUUUGGUAAAUUCUGUCUCACUAGGCCUUGUUCUCAAGAACCAGCUGUGGGUAUCAGUGAACAGAGUGACAGCCAGGCUGUAGCAGCAUGGUCAGCUCAGGCAGCACCUAGACUGUGCUGAGAGGAGAAUAUAGAUACCAUUCUGUCUAUAAAAUGCCACAGGCAUUGACUGGACUAGUGUUUGGGUCUUUUGUGUGGGUGGCAGCACGAACAACACAGAGACUGAGCAAGGGACUGGUGAACACUAGACAUUUCCCUGGGAAAAUUCAGAUGCUGAUGAGGAAAGGUAUUUACAGACUUGGAGCAAAGCUUCCCUAUGCAUGUAGCAUCCUGAGACAAGAAGACUCAGAGUUUGCUGGAGGUGACCUUUUCCUCUCGUCAAACUUUGUUCUUCUCUGCUGCCCAUCCCCAGCUUCUCAGCACAUUAAUGUAAUUGUUGGUGUUAAAGCUGGGUAAAGUGUCAGUGCUUUCAAAGUUUGGCCUGCUUUCCACUUUUUGGGAUCUUCUAGUUGUAUCAUCUCAUUCCACAGCAGGGAGUUCCACAGCAUGCAUUCAUCUCAAGACAUUCCCUAAAAGCUGAGAAUGCUGCAGAUAUGUGGUUCUUCUUCGUGGUUUUAGUUGCAGCCCUUGCCUGACAGCGUGGAGACAAUUUCUCAUCUCUGGACGGACUGGAAACUUUGUUUUGGUCAGCAUGGGGUCUUUUCCCCAGUCAGAACCAUCCUGCCUGUAUCACAAUACACGCAGCAGAGGAAAGGGGCCAUCAUCCAAGAUACAACUGGCUUAUGGGGAAACAACUGUGGCAUCUGCCUUUGGCCAGAAGUGAGGAUCAGACAGUGAUUUCCACACUCCUUCUCACUCCAUCCCCCUGCUCCUUAUUUACCCUCACUGAGUGUUUCAUUUCCAGCCUGGAGAGACAGCAGAUUUCAUCCCUGGAUCCCAUAGAAGGGGAUCACACCAAAAUCCCAUCCUCAGUUUCUGGGGUGCAGGGAGAACCAGCUCAGGCCCAACAGUGAGCCACUUCAGUGGGAUCUAGUUCCAGUGGGAUUGCAUCACCUCACACGUCCUACCAAGGCCAGUAAGAAAGUGUUGGUUGACCUGACAGAAGUGUGGAAACAGCCCCACAAAGUCUGUGUGUGUGGGGAUACUGUGGAAGAGGGAGGGGGUCCUCUGGUGUCUCUUGGGUUUUUUGCUAUCAGUGUCCUAGGUGGGGAUCCUGGGACACAGCCUCAUCUCCACCCACCCCCUCAUUGCCACCAUGUCGUGUCCCAUCCCCACCCCACAUCUCAUAGCGUGCCAUCGCCACACUGAGUGGAGCUGGGGCCCUCUUGCCACCAUGAUGCCAAGCUGUCCACAACGUUAAAAGCACAAAACACAAAGGGACUGAACUGAACCUUUCAAACAGGGUGAGAUGUUUUAUAAGCAUUGCCUCAUCCACCACCUCCUCCAGCCCCAGUGUACCCACCGUGUAACCUACAGACUCUCAGCGUGGAUUGUUUCAUUCAAAUAAAGCUGCAGUACUCCA